CCCCAGGCCUGGAGCUCCCAUUGUACUUCCUCAAAAUUCAGCCGAUAUAAACUCACCCACUGACCUACUUCAGCAGCAAAGGAAGACCAAGUCAAACUCGGAAGAAUUCCCUGAGCUUUUUGACUUUUGGACUUCAGGAUGUUGCCACUUGUGUGUGUGCUGUUGCUGGCUACCUCUGCGCUGGGCCGUUUUGAUGAAUACUCUUUGGAUGCCCAGUGGGAAGAGUGGAAGAGCACACAUAGGAAAGAAUACAAUGGCUUGGGUGAGGAGGGGAUCCGCAGGGCCAUUUGGGAGAAGAAUAUGCGCAUGAUUGAGGCUCACAACGAGGAGGCCGCGCUGGGCAUUCACUCCUUUGAGAUGGGGAUGAACCAUCUGGGAGACAUGGGCUCCUGUGGCUCCUGCUGGGCCUUUAGCUCUGCCGGGGCCCUUGAGGGGCAGUUGGCCAAGCAGACCGGGCAGCUCGUUGACCUCAGUCCUCAGAACCUGGUGGACUGUGUUACAGAGAACGACGGCUGUGGAGGAGGCUACAUGACCAAUGCCUUCCAGUAUGUGAAUGAAAAUGGAGGUAUUGACUCUGAAGCGGCCUACCCAUAUGUUGGACAGGAUCAGACCUGCCGCUACAAUGCAUCAGGCAUGGCAGCCCAGUGCAAAGGCUACAAGGAGAUCCCAGUGGGUAAUGAGCGCGCGCUGGCUGUUGCACUCUACAAAGUUGGUCCAGUGUCUGUGGGCAUUGAUGCACAACAGAGCAGCUUCCAGUUCUACAAGCAUGGUGUUUACUACGAUCCCAACUGUAACAAAGAUGACGUCAAUCAUGCCGUACUGGCAGUAGGCUAUGGAGUGAACACCAAGGGGAAGAAGUACUGGAUUGUCAAGAACAGCUGGGGUGAGGAAUGGGGCAACAAGGGAUACAUCCUGAUGGCACGUAACCGUGGCAACCUCUGCGGCAUCACCAACCUCGCUAGCUACCCCAUCUUGUGAAGAGAUUAGGGAAAAUGAACGGGCUUUGCUUAGACUACUAUAAGACGAAUAUACACUUGGAAAUGUUCAGAUUAAAUGCUCAUUUCAACACAUCCGCAACCACUACAGUACAAUAUGUUUGUUUACAGUCUUUUCUAACAGGAAAUGGAAUUUGGAGAUAACGAACAGGUUCACUGAAAACAGGCAUUAAAUGUUUUGAGUCUUACAUUUAAAAAAACACUUUUAAACCCUGGAGUUAUCUCAUGCUUGCAGACCUCUGCUGUGCUCUGGUUAAUAAAGAAACACAUACAGUUUAUUGUAACUCUAGAGCAUGCUGUUGAAUAAACCUAAGCCAGCACACAGGCUUGUUUUAUGCUGAAGUCGCAAGUUAAAUCUACAUAUCUACAUGGCACAACAUACUUUUUCUUUUUACAGUAUUUGACUGGUAGUCAGUGAUAGUUUCAGUCCCUACUUUUACUUGCUUUCUGUGUGAAAAAAGACAGGAAACAUUGCUGUGCAAUGGGAGCUACUCCUUUCCUGCUGGUAGUGUGAGUUCCUAUAACUAUUUUCUCUUGUGAUCACAAGGACUUGUCGUUCUGUUCUGAUUACAUUGUAAACAGAUGUUUUCUAUGAAAUUGAAUAAAGGGUUCAUUUUGACUUUGAA